AUGGGCCUUUUGUGGGUAGAGAAUAUACCGGAGCCGGAGCCGGAUGGGAAGGAGUGCCGAUGGGCUAAACCGGGUGGCGGGCCGGAUGAGGAUUUGCCCUGUGAUCUUCGGUACGGUGACUGGGGGACACGGAGGGAGAGACUAGAACCCAUUUGUGGGAACGUCGAUCAUGGGGAUGAAGAAGUGACCGCAAAUAACGCGAACACGACCGCCAUCAAAUUGCUCGUCUCUCGCGUGCCCGGGCUUCUCACGUGCGAUCCAAACGCUCAUCCCUACAACCAACACGUCGCCUCUCCCCCUAAUCGAGCGAGCGCUGCGCAGCCAACUGACAACGCCAUCGCUGUUCACCAUCUUCUAAAAUCAGCUGCGAAUCAGCCCAGCUAG